GUGCUAACAGAGGUCAUCUGGUCCAGUCUUGUGCCUCCGGGCAGGUAGACCCUUAAACUGAUAAGGACAGUCUCCAGCUGCGGAAUCCCCACUUACUCCCCCCUGAUGCGGGUGGUCAAUGGGGUGGAUGCCAAACCCUACAGCUGGCCGUGGCAGGUCUCCCUGCAGUACCUGUCAGGAGGACAGUACUACCACACCUGCGGAGCCAGCCUCAUCUCCCAGGACUGGAUCCUCACCGCCGGACACUGCAUCUCGAAAUCUCGCACCUACCAGGCGGUGCUGGGAGAGUACGACCGCGGAGUCUAUGAGGGCAGCGAGCAGACCAUCCCCAUCCUCUCCCAGCAUAUCUUCGUGCACCCGCUCUGGAACCCCAACUGCGUCUCCUGCGGCAAUGACGUGGCCCUCAUGAAGCUCUCCCAGAGGGCCCAGCUCAGCGACAAGGUGCAGCUGGCCUGUCUGCCACCAGCAGGCCAGAUCCUGCCCCACAAUACUCCCUGCUACGUCAGCGGUUGGGGCACCCUCUACACCGGAGGCCCGCUCCCUAACAAGCUGCAGCAGGCCCUGCUGCCCGUCGUGGACCACGCUCACUGCUCCCAACGGGACUGGUGGGGCAGCACGGUCAUGCAGACCAUGAUCUGUGCCGGCGGGGACAUCAAGUCAGCCUGCAACGGAGACUCCGGGGGACCGCUCAACUGCAAGGGAUCCGACGGCAGGUGGUACAUUCAAGGCAUUGCCAGCUUCGUUUCCAGCAGCGGCUGUAACACCCUGAAGAAGCCCAGCGUCUUCACCCGAGACUCGGCCUUCAUAUCCUGGAUCCAGGGGAUCAUGGCCAGCAACUAGAAGAUGCCAGCCCCUGCCCACGGCUCGGAUAAGCUGUGGCCCCUCUGGUCCCGGAUUCACCUCCCACAUACAUAAUAAACACUGAA